AUCUCAUUUCCGAUUCGUUUGUCCAGACAUAUUUGUUAAAAUAGUGCCUUCCACUGGUGGUAAUCAAAGGUAUCAAUAAUGCCUAAAGAAUGGAAUGGUCCAUCAGACUACUUUGCUGCUGGGUUGUUUGGAAAUCAAAGCAGGAAAGCAAUAUUUCGAUCGGUCCUUACACCUGAAGGACAUGCUCGGGGGUUCAGUGCUAUGGAAUUUGAGGAAGCUGCAGAUUUAUCAUUGAAGAAAGAAAAACCUGUUAAUUUUGGAAGUAGAGAAAAGAGUUCUUAUUCAUCAUCCUAUGGACUAGAUGAAACCAUAGACUUAAGUACCAAAUGGCGAGCACCCCCACCUUCAGAAAGAAAAUUAGGUGGCUCAAUCAGCUCAACAUUUGCACAGCCAGCCUCAGCCUCUAAUACCUCAGAGUCUGGCUGCAUAGAGAGGACACACGACAACAAAAGGAGCAAGUCAAGCCAUCAUGUACGUAUGCUGCCGCGAAAGAGACUCUGUGUCUCUGACCAGCAGCAAAAUAGUGCCAGCAGUUGUUCAUCACCUGAUGUCAUAGUACUCUCGGAUGAAGAAAAGCCUCGUCUGAAUGGUCAUUUGAAUGGGUAUGAAAGUGAUUCGAAAAAUUCUGACUCUGAGGUUUUGGAGAUGCCUCCUCUACCACCUGAAAAAAGAUGGAAUCCGGAAGAACUGAAAGAAAAACAAAGGAUUCUGCGUGAGCUUCGAGAUGAACUGAGGAGUGAAGAAAUGAAAUUAGUCCUCUUAAAAAAGCUACACCAAAGUCAAAUGAUUAAAGAGAACUUAAUAAAUCAAGCAGCUGCAGCAAUGGCAGGUAAAAUGGUUCCUACAGCAAACAGAGGUGCCUCCAGUGCCGCUCCACCACCACUUGUACGUAGUGGCCAAGUUCCACAGACUCAGAAUAAAAUGUUGAGUCAACAGUUGUCACACCAGUCAUCAAUGCUAAAUUCACCUCUGAUGUGCAGUCAAAAUGCUCAUGGUGGUCCUCCGCCACUUAUUGGACAAAGAGCGAGCAGCACCAGUGCAAGUUCCACAGUGUCUUCUAAUAUGAUAGCUGGAAUGAUGAGACCCAGUCAUAAUUCUGUCUCUCGAACUCCAGUUACAACACCUCCAAAUAUGGUGAUGGGUUACAAUCUGCAUAAUAUGCAACAGCCUGUUCCAAGUAAUCAACAUCAGAUACCUAUGACUCAGGCUACACCUCAAGCUUGUCCAUCACCAUCUUCAACAAUACAACAAUCUCAGUUAGAAAGAUUAGAUAACCAGACUCCAGCUCAAAGGCAAGCAGCUGCAAAAUUAGCAUUACGAAAACAAUUGGAGAAAACUCUUUUACAAAUUCCACCUCCUAAACCACCUCCACCAGAAAUGCAUUUUGUUCCAAAUGCUAACAAUCAAGAAUUUAUUUGUCUGCUGGGACUUGAAAAGGUUGUUGAUUUCAUAACAGAGGAUCCAAACAUCAAUCGUCCUCCACCAGAGCCUUUUGAAUGUGUUCAGUGCGGUACUGAUUUUAGCCCAGUAUGGAAGUGGCAAGAUGCAGGCCGAUCUCGUAUGCACAAGCCUUCAGUUAUUUGUGAAACAUGUGUUACAUCAAAUAUCAAGAAAGCUUUAAAAGCAGAGCACACAAAUCGUUUAAAAACUGCUUUUGUGAAAGCCUUGCAACAGGAGCAAGAGAUAGAACAGCGAAUGUCCCAAGCCAUGCCAAGUCCUCCUCCUAUUGGCAUUUCUCCUACUCAUACCCCUUGUUCUACUCCUACCCCUGCUAUUGUUACAUCAAGUGGACCUUCAAUACCAACACCUCCUGCACCACACAGUCCGGUGCAUGGUCUUAUGUCUAAAAUGGGUUCUAGCAGCAGUGGGAAUAAUUCUCAGGCUGCCAUGGUAAACUCUGCUUCAUUAUUACAGCACUUACCAAAGUUGAGUGCAGCUCAUCAGUCUCUUCUCCAUGCACAGGCACAACAGUUGCAACAUUUUGCACAGACAAUGCCCCAACCUCAACCAGCCCACAUGUUGCCAUUUGCUCCAUUACUGGCUGCUCAGGCAUAUUCAUAUCAGCUUCUUGGUAAAUCUCCUAUGAGCUCUGCAGAAUUACAACGCCAGUAUUUGCUGGACAUGAUCCCACCGCGGUCACUUCCUCAAGGUUCCAUCAACUGGAAGACAUGAUCUUUUUGUACAUAGUGUAGCAGCAAUUUUUGUUUAUGUAGAGUUGCGAGCCUAUCCCUUUGCAUGGCUUUUAUUAUAUGACACAUGUAAAUUUUGCAUGUGUAUGUGUUAAAUCAUGAAGAAUCUCCGGUGACUUCUAAUCAGGCGUAGCCAAGAGGGAUGCUCGAAUCUGUAAAUUUACAUUGCAUUUCAAAGAAAGUUUCCAGUAUUCUGUGUGAUGGUUUGAAGAGAAGUGAUAAAAAAAAAUUAUUUAAUACAAGCCAAGAUUUUUCUUAGUAACAUAUUUGCAGCUUCCUUAUGCAUUUUCCAUGGGUGCACUAAUAGGAGUGUUUUGCUGUAGCUAAUUUUGAAAAAUGAAGCCAAAUUAUUUUUUUUUUUUAAAUUUGUUCUUAAUGGUUAAGUGAUUAAUGAAUAAAUAAGACCAGUGGCAUCUUGCAAAGGGAAAACGAAAAAUAUAUUUGUGUACAGUGAAGAACUAUGGCUAUAUUCAUAUGUGUAUUAUUUAUUAUUGCAGCAUUUUCCUUUAAACAUAAGUGUGAUGGUCACAAGUCAUUUUCUUUCGUUUGUUAAGUGAUAAUAAAUGUUUUUUUUUUUUUAAUAUAUAUAUAUAUCAGUUCAUAUUAGUGUUUCCUCUGUACUAUUCAGAAGCAAAAUACUGCCAUUAUCUAAUAUUUUUAAAUAAAUAAAUUGAGAAAUGUGAGCAUUAAAUUUUCUUAUGCCUUUAUUUGUCAUUUUUUGAAAAGGUUGAACUGUGAUGAACUCUCUGAUCUAAUAUAUUGCACACACUUAAGUCUGGUUUCUUUGAACUGAGCUUUAUGUAUUUGUUCUAUGGAGCAAAGUGAAGUUUAGGCCAAGGUUUGUUAAACAUACUGUUACCUACCAUGCUCAGGGUGUUAUUUACUUCAGGAUUUUAAAACAUCGAAUGUUAGCUAAAACAAUCAUUAAUCAAUUGUUAAGUCUUAAUUCCUUUUUGAUAAUAAAAAACUUAGAUCCUAAAAGUUAAAUUAAAAAAAAAAAAAAUUGCAAUAGAGUAUCAUGAAGUUUUCUUUCAAACUACCAGAAACAAAGUAUCAGGUACGGAUGAAUAUUCAAUCAAAGAUCUAGUUCUAAAAUAUCUUUAUAUUCACUUAAGUGAUUUUUUACCGUAUUAGCUUCACUUAUAAAAUUAUACCGUAACUUUUGGCAUAAAUUCAGUAUAUUGAUUUUGUUUUGAAAUGGAUUAAAUCAAAGAAAAAUGAUAUAGAAUGUAAAUUUAUGGGUAUGAAAAAAUUCAGGUAUUUGAACUGGUUUAAACUAUAGAUUGUUUUUAUUCAAAGAAGCAAAAAGGAUAAAAAUUUUCCUAAAGGUAUUUCUAAUGUUAGAAAUAAUUACUGUUAAGAUUGAUCUAUCAUUGUAAUAUAAACAAAGCUGAUAAUAGUAUCGUUUGAAAAAUUAGGUUUUUAUCCUAUAAUAGACACCCAUCCUGCCCGCACAUUAAUACUUAAUAAUAAAAUGUUAUUUUGUUGUGCAGUUUUUGCUGUUAAUUAUGCUCAAGCAUUAUAAAAUUGUUGUUGAAAAAAUUUUUUCAUUGAAUUUGUUUAAGUCAAAUAUAAUCUGUAAAAGGUCAUUAGUGAAGUAUUUAGUGGUAUAUUGCACACUACAGGCAUCUACCUCCUCAAUAUUUAAUGUUAUUCUUAAAGCAGACUUAAAGUUUUACAAUUAGAAAUAAAUUAGAACAUAGUAUAUUUUUGAAUUGUAAAUACUAUUUCAAUUGAACCACCUCAUGAAUCUGCUCAUUUUGUGUUAUGGAUUCGUGAAUGUUUUUCAUGAACUAUACUUUGAUAAUAAGAAAAGAGCAAUUGGCAGAGCCAGAUUGCAUGAUUUGUUGUCUGUAUGUGCAUUUUAAAAAAGUGUUUAUUUGGUAAAUUUUUCUUUCAAUCCAUGUAAAAUUUCCUUGUAAAUUACUGUAUCUGUUUUAUGAUGUUACAUUGCUGCAUCAUUUAAUAUUGUAUGUGUACAGAUAUUUAUAUAAAUAAUUUAAGAUUUAUAUAUUAAAAUAAAAUCAUUUAGACAUUCUUUUGUAAAUAUUUUAAUUUGUAUGAGCAUUAAUAAUUGGAAAAUUGUUGUUUCCACCACAUUUAAAUAAAUAGCACAACUUUCAUUUAUUGGAAAUUUUGUUUAAUUUACAUAAAAUGAGCUAUUAUUCCAAAGCAAAUUGUUGCAUCUAAACUUUGUUAUUAUUUUAGUUUAAAUUAAGCCUUUUAGUUUCUUUUAUGUGAAUGCUAAUGCCUAGAUUCUUGUGUUGCUACUAUUGUAAAUAUCCAACCUAUUAUUUAAAGUGCUAGAGAUAGGGAAAAAAAAAGCUUUAUUUGAGUGUUUAUGAAAAAGCGUUUGGUGUAAGUAUCAAAUGUUGCUUCAAAUUCUUAUCAUUGCAAAAGGCUUAUAAUUAGACGUUUCUGAAGUAUUUCAGAAUGGGAACAUUUUUUUUAAAUAAAUGUCACUGAGGUGCAGCAUGUUAUUUUCAUUUUUUUGUAUGGUUCAUUACUGCCUGAACUCAGUCAUUAUUACUAUUAUGAACUGUAUUUGAUUGUGUGCAAUAAUUUUUUUUUUUUUUUCUUUCUUUCUUGUUUUCUGUGUUUGCAAUCUUUGAAAACAUGUCCGAUUUCUUUCCCAUUUGCUUAUUUCAUUAUGGAUCUUGUUGACAGUGGUGUAGCUUAUUGGUUUUGAAGCCUUUUUGGGGGUGGGCACGAAAGGGAAUCUUUUUUUUUUAAUUAUAUGCAUAUUUCACUGGUUUGGUAUAAAAAAUUCAAAACAAACACGGAUAAUUUCUAUUUACCUUAUAGUAAAUACAAAUAAAAUGUUAAUUAAUGACACUUUUUACUAAUAUAAAUUUGUUUUUACAUUGGGAAACAGUCUGCCCUUUCCUAAGGAACACUGCCUCUUUUCAUAUAACACAGUGAUAAACUGCUAAAAGAGGGAUACAGCCAACCUGUUCUUUCAUUGCAAAUUCAGCCUGAGACAAAUUGUAUGUGUUCAAUAGUUCUUAGAACUGUCAGCUAUAAUUAAGCUCUAAAAUAUAAUAUAUUUCCUUUUUUAGUUGCUGUCAUGAAUUUUAAGCAGUUUUUAAUUAUAUUCAUUUACUGAAUUAAUAAUCAAACAUAACACAAAGGUAACCUCAAUUAGAUUUUGUAAUAUGUUAUAUAGAAAUAUGGGCUAAAUAAGCAAUGUUAUAUCAUUGAGUAUAUAAAAAAUGCACUCUCUCAUUUCUUAACUUUUGAUGAUAAAUGUCUACUAAUGGUGAUUCAAGUUGGGGUGGGGGCGAGGAAAAGUGUUAAAAGAGUGAAAUUGCCUUUUAAUAAAAGUAUAAGAAAACAAAAUUAUAGUAAAGAGAAUUAUAUUUUAUUUUGAUGUGAAAGGAAGAAGCCUCUAAGCUUACUUGUACUUUCCUUGGAAUAUUAAUUUUCUCUCCCCCCCCCUACACACACAUUAGCUACACCACUGAUAACAAAACAAAGGUUUUAAAAACAAUGCACAAUGUAUAUGAAUGAUUUGAAAAACGUAUCAAGUGCUCAGGUGAAUGGCUUCCAUUUCAGGUAAUAUAUUCUGCCUCAUUGGCAGCACAUUGUAUAAUAAACUAAUGCUUUUGCUGAAGCUAAAUUGUAAUUUUAUGUCCUUCGGCUGGGUUGGACUUCAACUAUGCAUGUUCUCCUUAGCCUUCAUAUAUCUGCAUAAAUGGGAAUCCUAGUGAGAAAAAUACUUGGAAGUUUCUGAAUGUAUGUAUCAUAUCUUUACACUCAUUAAUUUAUAUAAACGUGUUCUUGAGUCACGUCUGAAGCAGCUUUAUUUUUUAAAACCAGGCACUUUUAGCCAGGUAUACUUAAAACUGUUGUAGUUGUGGUUUUCGUACAGCUUUCGAUUUUAAAUUUAACACUUGCACAUAUAUAAAUAUAUGGAAUAUUUCAACAUAAGCUUGAUUUUUCUCCCCUGCCCCUUCAAAUAUAUGAUUUCCUUGUUAUGUAUAAAUGUCUCUCAGAUUCUUUGUGUUUCUGUAAAUGAAGCAGUUUUUAAAAAUAAAGUUUUUUGCUAAA